GUCCCCACAGGCACAUUCUACACAACCAGCCACAUCACCAUCACGGGCUUCACAAACGCCCAUGUCACCAUGCCCGACAAGACCAUCGACAUCGUCAUUCCGACCUGCAUUCGUACCAUCACGCCCGAUGCCAACGGGUACCUCCCACCGGGGACCUGCGGGGCGCUGUACAAGUACUAUCCGUCCUUCGUUGCGGCAGUCGUAGCGGCCGUCGCUUUUGGCAUCCUGACUGGCGUCCAUGUCUGGAAGGCGUUCCUGCAGUACAGGAAGGGGUGGUGCUGGAUCCUCGUCAUGGCGUGCGCGUGGGAGUUUCUCGGUUUCGUGUUCCGCACGGCGAGCACCAAGGCCCAGGACGUCACGGGCUUGUAUCUCAUGACGCAAAUCUUUAUCCUGCUCGCGCCGUUGUGGAUAAACGCUUUUGCCUACAUUGUCCUCGGCCGCCUGAUACACGCCUACCGCCCCGCGACGCACUCCCUGCUCGGCAUCCCCGCGUAUGUCUUCUCGGCGCUCUUCGUCACGCUCGACGUGGUCGCCUUCGUGGUGCAGUUUGUCGGCGGCGUCACCGCGGGGCCCAUGGCGCCUCCAGACGAGCAGCUGCGCGCCAUCCACAUCUACAUGGGCGGCAUCGGCCUGCAGCAGUUCUUCAUCGUGGUGUUCCUGGGCCUGGCGGUGCGGUUCCACAUCGAGCGCAGCAGGGCCGCCGGGAUCUUCCUACCCGCUCUGGACUCAUGGCGCGCGCUGCUGGGCGCCCUGUACUUUGCCCUCGCCAUGAUCACGCUCCGCAUAGUGUACCGCUUCGUCGAGAUGAGCUCCGGCAGCACCGUCAACAGUCUCACCACGAGCGAGACGUACCUGUACGCCCUCGAGGCGCUGCCCAUGGCGCUCGCGCUGCUGGCCUUUGCCGUCGUGCACCCGGGAAAAGCACUGAGCGCGGCGGCCGGGGUGGAGGACGACAUGCCGGGGUUGUUUGGCAUGGUG